AAGCCAUCUUUGGUUUGCCUUCCACUUUCCAGUCAUGUGUGUAUUUGGUAGAGAUGUGUCAAACUGACUCAUUUUAAUUUACUGAAGUCUGUGGUUUUAAUUUGAGAAUUUAAAAAAUAAAAAAGCUAAAGUGAUAUAAACACUUCUGCGAGACCCAAACAAGUUUGCGUGGAACUGUUUGCUCCAAAAUGAAUGUCCGUCUCUUGUAACCAUAGCAAACCUCUUCUGAGGUGCAGCAAAAUAACUUUGUGUCUCUGACAAAAGUAAAAAGAAAUGAGCUCAAGUUUUUCAACCGGAGCCAAAUGACCCCGAAGACUGAAUAAAACUCCUGGUACGUCGUAUCAUGUUCCGAGGAAGAAAAAAAAAAAAUUUUAAAAACGCCUCAUCUACGAGAAAGUGUGCACAAGUUGAUGCCUGCCUUCCUCAGAUUGCAGCAUUGUGAGGCUGAACGUGGCUUAAUGAGAGCGGGAAGCCUUCAUCUGGGAGUACAGCCCCUGAAACGUGACAGCACUGGGAAAUGAAAGGCUUCCUCCUCAUCCCCCCCUCGUAUGUCAGCUCUGUCAUCCACCGGGUGAAACUUCCAUGUGCAGAUCUUAUUAGCUGAAAAACCAGCUGCAGCAUUGCAGCAGGGAGACAUUCAGACAGCGUGGAAAACAUGUUGGACUCCGUCGUCUUAAGCUAACACCAUCUGGGUCCCACCAGGCCAGGAGGAUGACGGUAAUCCACUGCAAUCUGAACAGGUCAUAUGAUUCAGACUGGUGGCACAAUCCUGUGCUUUUAGGCCUAUGGAGGUUCUGUGGUUGGGUUAUGAUUUUAACAUUAAAUAGUCUUAUACAGGAGAACUGAUGCGCAGUGGCUUUAAUAUGACCUCUACCCAGGUAGUUCAAUGCUGAUACCUCCAAAAACUUUACUAUAACUUCAUAUUGUAGUAUUAUUUUUAUUCACAGAAAUCCCAAAAUGUUUAUACGACUCACCUGAUAUUGGCCUAAGAGCUUCAUAUAAAAAGUACAAUGUUUUCAAAACACACAUUCAUUAAAAGAAGAAAAAGAAAAAUGAAAAGAAAAACUGGAAGCCCCUUGACAUUGGGGCCCUGGGCUACUGCCCUUGUAAGGCCUUUCUUAAGACUGACUGUGAUUAAAAACACAUUUUCUGCCACUUGAAUCUUAUUUUUUCUUGCUCUACCAAAAAAUAAGUUAGUCAUAGAACCUGUCCGACAACAGGAAGUAGGUUAAAAGAUUUCAAAGAGCAAAACAUCCCACGCCGAGUGAAAAAACAUUUUUAAACACACACACACACACACACACACGCGCGCGCGCGCGAGAAACAAAAUCAAUGACAUCGAUUGGUCAAUUUAAGACUUUUGAAGCACAGUAAGAGCAGCAAUACGGGAGAAAUAGAGAAAACACCAACGGCCGCAAACCUUUCCUCAUAAAAUUACAUCGAAGAUUCAUUUAGCAAAACUCAGAACAAAAGUGAAGCAUUACAGGUCACGCUUGCCUCAGUGUUCAUGACUCGUGAAUUCAACUUGGUGGAAAAGAAGACAAGAAGUCUCACAUUUACCCACUAACCGUCUCGACGACCCCCAGGACUCCAGGAGGAAAACAUUCUCUCCCUGCAACGAGACAAAAGUAGAACUUUUCAGUCUCAGCAUGAUUUGUAAAAACUGAGAGAUAAAAUAAAUCCACGACGCGUCAUGAACCAUGCAUGCGUUUUGAGCUCCUUCUCCGGUUAUACGCAUGAUUAUCACAACACCAUCCACGCUGCUCAAUUACAGCCAAAUCUCUCCAGAGCUGAACCCAAGCAUGAAAUUGAGCUCAAUCGGAUCCGAUAGACGACCCGUCUUCAUUAUGCUAACUCAUCCGCUGUGAUUGGUUGCGGCUCCGCAGCGGCCCAUUGUCCCGCCGACCCGUUUGUUCGCUCGGUUUCCUGCGCGCAAACAAAACUUUCCUGCCAUCCCGGGCUGCUUUGUGCGGUGACAACCUGGAAUAUUGGAUUCCCCUCAACUAUUUCCGAGGAAAGGAACAAAACGCAAAGUAUAUUUUGGCAGGAUGUACAGCUUCAUGGGAGGCGGGUUGUUCUGUGCCGGAGUCGGGAACAUACUCCUCAUCGUUUCUACAGCAACCGACUACUGGAUGCAGUACCGCCACUCCAGUAACUACAUGCACCAGGGCCUGUGGCGGUACUGUGUGCCUGGGAAGUGCAUGACGCACACUGACAGCAUCGCGUACUGGGACGCCACUCGGGCCUUCAUGAUUCUCUCCCUGCUGGCUUGUUUCAUCGGCAUCGUGAUCGGCAUCAUGGCCUUCAUCCACUACUCUUCCUUCGACGGGUUUGACAAGACGUUUGCAGCCGGGAUCCUCUUCUUCAUCUCCUGCUUCUUCGUGCUGCUGGCCAUGGCCGUUUACACGGGGGUGACAGUCAACUACUACGGGAAGCGCUAUGGCAGCUGGCGAUUCUCCUGGUCCUACAUUAUGGGCUGGGUGGCGGUGGUGCUCACCUUUUUCUCAGGUAUCUUCUACAUGUGUGCGUACCGGAUGCACGAAUGCCCAAGGAACUCCAACUCGCGCUGAAGCGCUUCAGAAUCUGUAAGCGAUACCGCGGGGCUGAAACGAACCAGUGUCGAUGUGAAUCCACCCAACAACUUCCUGCAACUCGUCACAUUCAACGAUAAGCAAAAAUAAAGGAUUAAAAAGUGUUCGGUUUGUCUCGUUU